CGAAAAGAAUGCGCUAUGCAUUUUCCAAAAAAAGUUUCAGCAUUGAUCAGAGUCGUCUGUUUCUACUUCUACGUGGAGAAUUUCGUUUAAUUUUGGUUUCGUUUUCCGAACUGCGAAUUCGACUGCCUCCCCUUGAGUGAAUGCUGUGCAAUCCAUCUCCAGCCCCUCCUCUCCCCACCCCUAUGUUUUCCAUCUUAUUCAUUCAUUUGCGGAACCUGACUUUCGACUAUGAAAGUUGGCUCGCUCCCGAAAAACGGUGUUUGUCGUCAUCAGCCUACGAGCGGGACGGGAAUGAUGAUAAUUCUACUUCAUCAAUUCACUAGAGUAGGAGCAGAAACAAGCUAGCAGUAGCAGUUGCGCCGGCGCGCAACUUCUCCUCCUUGUCCCAUAAUAGGUCAGAUAACUGGCAGCCAUUUUGCCAGAUGAGUAUAUGUACGGUGGCCAAAGAGUACGGAGUUUUCGGAAUAUUUUCGCCGAUACAAUAAACAACUUUGACGAGAUUCUGUGCGGUGGGCAAGUCAAGGGUUUAAUGGAUCUUUUGGAAACCGUUUGCUGAGUCAACGUUACUCGUGAUUUUUUUCAUAUUAUUGUUUUACAAAGUGUAGUGCGGAGGAAUACAAUAUUUCCAGCUCUGGCGUUUCCGUCGUGAAGUGUUGGGAUUUGAUCUCUCGUGAUGGCAAUAGAGACUGUGCACUUUAAUGUCUAUUUGUGAGAAUUUUCAUUCUUUCCUGUCCCUCACUACUAAAUUUAUAUUAGAACUUCUGCACCUCUGAGGAUAAAUUAAAAAAUUACAAAUAUGGGAAAUGCUGCAGCUGCUAAAAAAGGUGAUCCAGCUGAAAACGCAGGGAACAACAAUACACAGUUUGACAUGCCUCAAGACAAGAAAGACUUAUCCACAGAAACACAGUUAAAAAUUUUUCUUGAAGAAGCAAGGAAAGAUUUUGAAGAAAAAUGGAGCAAUCCAAGUAAGAAUACUGCCUCUUUAGAAGAUUUUGAUCGAAUUAAAACACUAGGAACGGGAUCAUUUGGUCGUGUAAUGUUGGUAAUGCACAAAUCAUCUAAAGACUAUUUUGCAAUGAAAAUUCUUGACAAGCAAAAAGUUGUUAAAUUAAAGCAAGUAGAACAUACAUUGAAUGAAAAAAAAAUUCUUCAAGCUGUCAGUUUUCCAUUUCUUGUGAAACUAGAGUAUCAUUUUAAGGACAGUUCUAAUUUGUACAUGGUUCUUGAAUAUGUUCCUGGUGGUGAAAUGUUUUCACACCUUCGGAGAAUAGGUCGAUUCAGUGAACCUCAUUCAAGGUUUUAUGCUGCACAAAUAGUUCUUGCAUUUGAGUAUCUGCAUAGUUUAGAUCUGAUUUAUCGGGAUUUAAAACCUGAAAACCUAUUAAUUGAUCAGCAAGGCUACAUUAAAGUGACAGAUUUUGGUUUUGCCAAGAGAGUUAAAGGUAGGACAUGGACCCUCUGUGGCACUCCAGAAUACCUAGCACCAGAAAUUAUCCUUAGCAAGGGUUAUAAUAAGGCUGUUGACUGGUGGGCAUUAGGUGUGCUGGUAUAUGAAAUGGCUGCAGGUUAUCCUCCAUUUUUUGCAGAUCAACCUAUCCAAAUUUAUGAAAAAAUUGUUUCUGGAAAGGUUCGUUUCCCAUCUCAUUUUACGUCAGAUCUGAAGGAUCUGCUAAAAAAUCUGUUGCAAGUUGAUCUGACCAAGCGUUAUGGCAACCUAAAAAAUGGAGUAAAUGACAUUAAAAACCAUAAAUGGUUUGCUACUACAGAUUGGAUAACAAUAUUCCAAAAGAAGGUUGAAGCUCCUUUCAUUCCAAAAUGCAAAGGACCUGGUGACACCAGUAAUUUUGACGAUUAUGAAGAAGAGGCACUGCGCAUAUCAUCCACGGAAAAGUGUGCCAAGGAAUUUGCUGACUUUUAGUGUUUUGCAUCUGUUUUACACUCCCUGUUGUGGAGUCUACAUUGUAGCCCUUUUCAGCUGGGCAUAAAAUAAUUAAUGAGGGAGAAGAGCAUUAUGUGUUGCCAAUGGUAGCUCUUAAAAAUAAUGCACAGAAAGAAAAAGAACUAUUUAUACAAGCAAAAAUCCCUAAAUUGACCUCUUUCUGCCAUUACUGUGUAAGGAGAAUUACUAAACAUUUGACAAUUGUGCUGCUUGCUGAUAUUUAAAAAGUAUAAAGACCAAAUGAACAUUUUUAUCUGAUCUAAUUUUAUUGACAUGAGAGAUCUUUUAUUUAAAGACAAAAAGCGAGAGAGAGAAAACAUAUGCGUGUGUGUGUGAGUGUCUGUUGUAAAAUGCAUGUUUUACAUAGCACCAUUAUGUUUGUCUGGUUGGUUGCCUAAUUCAUUCCGAGUUUUAAUUUAAAACUUGGCGUUGUACCUUUGUUUAAUUUUAUUGUUAUUUACUUCAAUCACCUGUUACAAUGUUAACUUGCUGAAAAUACAGAGCUGCAUUCGUCUCUGUAUAUAGUGUACAGCAUUACCACAGGAUUUGUAGGGUAAUAGACUCUUCAAACAUGACGUUCCAUCCGUGUGCCCAGUUGAGAAGACAGCUGUAUAUUUGUCUCUUGCUUAUUGCAACAGACUUUGUGGGCAAACUGAACAUUUUAUUUUGUAGCUUUAGAAAUUUUGUAUUAAAAAGUUUAUUGGUGUAAAACUACAAUAUGAAAUCAAGAUUAUAUGGGGGAUUGGUGAGUAACAACAUAAAACAGCAGUACGAUCAUUCAUUUUUCCACAUACUGUUAAUGCUGGCACAGAAGAUGGUUCUGAUAUCUUCCUAUUGCUAAGAGGCACAUUUCUUCAUUAGCUGCUGUACAUAGUUUUAAGUUUCAUGCUUUAGCCAAAGUUUUUAAUACCAAAUUAUGUGUUAAGAUGCCUUGUCAUUUAUUGCCUUGAAAUACCCUCAGGUCCUUCUAGCAUUUCAUUUUUUUUUUUUUUCAUAGACAUGGCUUUUAUCAGCGCUUAGUGUGAUAGUGUUAAUAUAUGUGAUUCCACUUUCUUUAUCAGUUUUCCUAUGAGGGGAGGGAAAUAAAGCAUUAAAGUAUUUAUGGUGACCAUGCCUUAUAUUCUAAUAGAUAUAUUUUAGCAUGGACCAUCGAUUCCAUUUAAAUUACAUAAGCCAUGAAUUAUAUAUUGAUCACUGGAAGUUGAUUUCUUCUAUUUUGGGAAGAAAGAGUAGCUAUAGAUAUCUUUUUCAUUGUGCAACCACAGAUCUGUAAAGUAUUUAAGGUAUACAUAUUAUAUGUGCUAAGAAGUAUUUUAGUUGAUGUGUGAAUUUGGGUGGUGGCCAGUGAAAAUUGAAACAAACUAGUCGGAAAAUAGAAGUCAGUUGCAUGAGCUGAAGCUCUCGUCUGUAUAACUCAUUGCCAUGUAUAUUUGUUAAUUCGUGUUUAAAGUUCUUGUAUUAAAGAUUCUUAUGCUAAACAUUGUUUUGAUAUUUCAUGUGUUAUGCAUUGUUUAUAAAUUAAAAUAUAAUUUAUAGAGAAGCAAUA